AUGUGAACCUAACCUAACCAGUACAUGGUGUAUAAUGACCCAUCUUCCAUCAACAACCCUCUCAUUAUUGACGGACAACAAGUCACCAGGUGUGACGAAUAUAAAUACUUGGGCACCAUGUUACACUCGUCUGGCAACCUGGACACAAACAUACAGCAUCGGAUAGCGGCAGCCUGGCUUAAAUGGCGGGAAGUAACUGGUGUAACCUGUGACAAACGUAUGCCCGUUAAGCUCAAAGGCUUAGUGUACAAGAGCAUGAUCAGGCCAGUCUUGACGUUUGGUAGUGAAACGUGGGCAGUAACGCAGCGCCAAGUCCAGACCAUUCAAGUCGCUGAGAUGAAAAUGCUUAGGUGGAUGUGCGGAGUGACGAUGCUCGACAAAAUCCGUAACGAAUACGUGCGCGGCAGUCUCGGCGUACGCGACAUCUCCGAAAAGCUACAAGAGAGCAGGCUCCGUUGGUUUGGGCACGUAAAAAGAAGACCUCCAGAUUAUGUGGGUAACGUUACAGCCAAUCUAAACAUACCAGGGCUUAGACCAAGAGGACGGCCAAAAACAAGAUGGGCGGAUGUGGUCAAAAAGGACCUGUGUAUGUGCAAUGUCUCCGAGAACGACACGUCCGAUAGAGCGAAGUGGAAGAGAAGUACGAAGAAGGCAGACCCCACCAUCAGAUGGGAAUAAUAAAUGCCCAGGAGAGAGAGUGAAGCUUACUUUAUGUAAAAAAGCUUAUUAUAAGAUUAAUGACUACCUAAAUGAUAAAAAUGUUUGGUAUUGAAUGUGUUCCUCUAGUUAUUAAAUAACUUGUAAUGUAUAUCCUCAUUGGUUUUUAAAAGAUGUGUUGCUGUUGCAGUUUCUUGUCAUUUCUUCUCCUCAGCCAUAACACCUUGCGAAAUGACGUAAAUUCAAAAAUGUUACAUUGACCUUCAACAAGUUUAUCCAUGAUAAUUACGUUGAAUAAAUGAUUGAUUUGAUUUGAUUUGAUUGAGUACUUGGGGUAUGGUACCAAGUACUUGGGGGAUGGUACCAAGUACUUGGGGUUUAAUACCAAGUACUUGGGGUAUGGUACCAAAUACUUGGGGUAUGGUACCAAAUACUUGGGGUAUGGUACCAAGUACUUGGGGUAUGGUACCAAGUACUUGGGGUAUGGUACCAAGUACUUGGGGUUUGGUACCAAGUACUUGGGGUAUGGUACCAAGUAUUUGGGGUAUGGUACCAAGUACUUGGGGUAUAGUACCAAGUACUUGGGGUUUGGUACCAAGUACUUGGGGUAUGGUAUCAAGUACUUGGGGUAUGGUACCAAGUACUUGGGGUUUGGUACCUAGUACUUGGGGUUUGGUACCUAGUACUUGGGGUAUGGUACCAAGUACUUGGGGUUUGGUACCAAGUACUUGGGGUAUGGUAGUAAGUACUUGGGGUAUGGUAGUAAGUACUUGGGGUAUGGUAGUAAG